UAAUUGUUUGUUCGUGAAUUGAAAACUAAAAUUAACUCUGGUAAAAAUGCGACUUGUUAAUCUGAGUCGUUCUAAAUGAAGCUAUCGGUCACCUGCUUCGAGAGAAGCUUUAGAAAGCUAAGCAAUCAUUGAACCUUUUCCUUAUCUGGUGAAAUUCGUCUUAAAUUUCAUUAGAACCUUCUUUCUUCUCAAAAGCGAAGCAAGCGCAUUAAACAAAGAAUCAGCUUUAGUUUGUGAUCUCAAACUUUAUUUCUUUAUUUUACCAUAAAGAACUAUGAUUCGAUCAAACUUAAUUGGAAUAUGCUACGGACUGGGAAAUGCUUUUUGUCUGGCUCUGACUGGGUUUCUUGCUAAACAAAUCAAUGGCUACAACCCUUUGACCCUUAUGGUUAGUUCUGGUUUGUGGUCAGUGGUGUUUUUGACACUUCUGAAUGACGAGAAGUCAGUCUGGAUCAACGUCGGCAGGAUCCGAGAGAAGGGUCACGUGAUGUCUUUUGUGGCUUCUGUCUGUUUCAUGCCUCUGGCAGCUUUCUUUUUGUUCAUUGCUCUUAAUUUCAUCGAGUAUGCAGAUGCUAUGACCAUUACACAGUCCAGUAUUGUAUGUUCAAGCAUCCUUGCUUUUAUCGUGCUGAGGGAACCUUUGAAAGCCGUCGACAUUUUCUGCAUCUCAAUGGCUUUGGCAGGAGUGUUCCUCAUCACACGACCUCUCUUCAUUUUCGAACACUUCGGAGUGGAAAAGAGUUCACACUACCCCGUGAGAGAGAUAGGGGCUGUGUUGUCCGCUCUGACUGCAUUCUGUAUUGCGGUGUUCGCUGUCGGACGAAGAUGCGUAGUUUAUAUUGAUUCAUUGUUUCUUUCUACCUGUCAAGGUUACAUCACACUUCUUGUGGGCUGUCUUGGUGCUCUCAUUCUUCUCCACUUGACUGGCAAACCAGUCCUGCCCCACUGCACUGCCCAAGACAGGUUUGUCAUCAUGGCUGCUGGAUUUGUUCACGCCACUUGUUUCCUCUGCAACAUCCAAGUAUUCAAAUAUCUCAGUGUGGUCCAUUCUACAACAGUGAAGACAUCAGUAUCCGCCUUUUCCUACGCUCUUCAGUGUAUAUUUUCAGUGGAGCCAUUCUCGUGUUUGUCAAUCAGUGGCUGCUGCUUAAUCUUGGCCAGUGUUUUUCUGAAGUCUUACGCCAGUUUCACUUUGAAGGACUUCACCAAAAUAUUUUCGAAGGGAAACCAGAACCUUGUUUAGAGAUGAUAAAAUAGUUUUAAGCCCAUCUGAUUAUUUUAGUUUUUGC